AUGUACCAGGGCCCAUCUGACGAAUACCAGCAUGACUCCCAACCCACUGACAAUGACAAUAUGGGGACUAGCGAUGGCAGCUUCACAUCAUUUCGAUCCACUCCCAUCCCCAGCACUAGUAAUGCCGAUGACUUCGGGUAUUGGAGUACUGGAACCCAAGAGUACUAUAGACAAACAGGCCCAUCUCCCUUAAGGUCACUGCCUAACGACUGGAAUACUGGAAUGAUGAGGAGUCCAGUGGUUGUGGGCCACAGCCCCCAGUACUCUCACUUGCUGGGAUCUGUCCACAUGAACUCCAAUCCACGACCUCUGAACUACCAUAUGGAUGUCAGUCAGCACCCGAAGCUGCUGGCUAGUGUGGAGGCAAGUAUGAGAGCAAACUUGACUGAAGCAAUUCAGCCAUUGGCUCUAGAGUUAUGA